AUGUCUCCCGUCCUUUCGGACGACACUGCGUCUGAUCCAUAUGAGAAGACUAGCUCGCGAUACUCGAGUCCCCCAAUUGCUACUCUCGAAAUUGCUGGAGAUACCACGGGACUUGCAAUGGAGACGCAUGAGCUUCCACAAGAGGAGAUAACAGAGCAACCUUCCCUAGGCUAUUUGGACGAAGCGCUUAACUUCAUCGCCGAGGAGAGAGCUCGGUUGACUGCCCAACUGGAAGCUAGGCUGCAGAAGCCUGUUGCACUCGAUACAACUAGGCAGACUGAGCCUCGGCGCAAGCGCCGACGGAACAAGACUAAACCCCUUGUCCGCAUCCUACAGCGUCCAGGCCGAUAUGAAGACGAAACACACUCGGAUGACACCGAGCGAGUAGGUAGGGGACCAGACGAGGAAGGCGACGACUCCUCUUCAUCUCCCGACGUCUCUUUCUCCUCUUUCCCUUCUACACCGCCCCAGAAAUCUAGAACACGCAAGAGCGGACGAAGACUGUCACCUCUAAGGGUGACGCGAAGUCAGUCUACUCCGUCCCUACGCUUGACUGUGUCCGUGCCUUUGGACCCUCAUGUACUUCAACUCCGAGCACUUUCGCACAAGUUACGACUCCUUUUUCCAGAGGAUGCCGCGUCCCUGUCGUCGGUUUUGUCUGACGAUUUCCCGGACCCACCGGACUUCAUUGACCCUCGAGGGCCAUCCCCAACACCAUCCGAUCCUUUGAUUCAUGUAUUCAUCGAUCAUUCCAACAUCCUUAUCGGCUUUCUAAAUUAUCUCCGACGUAAUUUGCAUCAUUCCGCCCGGAAGGGCAAACACAUGUCGCAUUCAGCACUGGCGCUUAUAUUAGAACGGGGCCGGCCAAUAAAUCGCCGCGUCCUUGUUACUUCGUCACCACUGUAUCAACCCAUGGACUCAGCCGAGCAGCUGGGAUACGAAGUCCGUAUUUAUGCUCGGGUUCCUGAUACCGGGGAUGGCGCCGACAGGAGACAUAGUGGAGAUUUGUCUAAAGGAAGAGGCGGGAAGAAAUCUGCGCCGAUCGCCAUCAGGGGGCACUCGCACAAGAACUCAAAUGGCGGAACUUCAACCGAGUCCGAUCAGGCUGCUGCACUAGGGUCGAGCCCGCAGCGGACAGGUAACUCUCGAGGCCACGGACGCCAUCCCUCCGGUCAUACGACCACGACCGUUGCCCCCAUCGUGACACCAGGCGGCCGUGUUCGGUAUCGCGAACAGGGCGUGGACGAGCUACUGCAGUUGAAGCUCCUGCAAGCUAUAGCAGACGUCGACGUGCCUCCGCCAAACGCGACUAUCGUACUCGCAACGGGGGAUGGCAACGUCGGACAGUUUAAUGAAGAAGGUUUCCUGGGAUGUGUACGAAUAGCACUGAAGAAGGGCUGGCGGGUCGAACUCUACGCUUGGGAAGGUGGACUGAGCAGAGCGUGGAAAAGGGAGUUCGGGAAUGGACCCUUCAGCGAGAGCUUUAGAAUCAUCGGCAUGGAGAAGUUCGGUGCGGACUUGAUCGAAAUCUAG